AUGCUACUUAUCAGUAGUACUCUGAGGAAUUUGAUUAGUAUUGAUAGUCUGUUUAAGAAGAAAGCUAACCCACCUUAUGGGAACAGCAAACUCUGUUGGAAGAUCUCCUUCCUUACAAGUAGCUCCAUCGCUGUCGACUUUGUAACACGAAUUGCAGUAACAAAUAAUUUCAUCGAUUCAGUAGUAGUGGUAGUAGCAGCAGCAGGUGGUGGUUCGUUAGUUAUUUCCAAUUUACUUGUAGAACUAUUGCUGUCUGAGUUACAGCUGCUACUCAUCUACUUGCCCGGUAUAUCAUUAUUGAAAUAUGCAAUAUUAUCAAGUGAUGCAGCUAUGUUUGCAGUUGCGUUUUCCAACGGAUUACCUCGCGAUGACGUUGUUUGUAUAGCGUUGAAGUUGGUCAAUUCAUUUUGA